CGACAAUGUCCGCCUGCAGCAUGGACAUGAGGGAGGGUGACGCCGCAAUUAAUCCCCCAAAUCCUGACCGCUCUGGAAGCUCUGCUGCGGCUGAAACGCGGGCCUCUUGGUUGCCUGGCCCCAAUUGCGCAUCCCGCGAGCAGUUCAACCAACCUUGGGAAGCUUUUCACCUCUCUUGCCAUUAACCGCUAGACGGCCCACUCCCCGCCUAGUAACACAUCCACACACACACACAGCUGUACUAGUCGCCGUCCCUUCUCCUCACUGUCCCCUCCGGACACGUUUCCUAUCGCUGCUCCUCCAGCGUCGCGGCCAAUUGUCGCCCGCUCGUCACAAUGCAGCGAAUACAGCGGAAGUUUGGCGUGUUCCUGCCGCGUGUGCCCAAUGAGGCUGACAUCGAGUCGAUGCUGCGCGACUUCAACGACUCGGACCAGAUGCUCGAGAAGAUCGAGUCCGCCGCAAAAGAAUGGCGUGACGCCUGGACCAAUAUCCUUUCCCACCAGCUCAACUCGGUCGAGCACUUCCACACUCUCUACAAGCCACUGGGUGCCAAGGGAGGGGACUACAGCUCUCAUGUCGCCACGGACACGCCGCCGGAGACCCUCGAGCGCUGUUCCCAGCUCCAUGUGGCCUUUGCCGAGCUCAAGACCGACAUGGGCGAGGAGCUCGCCGAUGUCGAGAGCAAGCUCGUUAUACCCGUCAAGCUCGCUAGGGACUCGCUCAAGCCCAUGAAGAAGACCAUCAAGCGGCGAGAGGAAAAGAAGCUUGACUAUGAACGAUACAAGGGCCGCGCCGAGACGCUCCAAAGGAAGCAGAACCGCUCCGAUCGCGACAACAUUGCCCUGAACAAGCACGAAGCGGACCUGCAACGCGCCACCCACGACUACGAAUUUGCCGACGAGGUCCUCCGAACCCAGCUCCCCCGGCUGAACGCCGCCACCUUCUCCCUCCUACCCCACCUCCUCGCAAACCAGAUCAUCCUCCAGAACAAUUUAAUUGGCAAUCUGUAUACAGUCUUACAUCAGUACUCGCGCGAAAAUGGCUACCCAGACCCUCCCCCCGAACCCGAGGAAGUCAUCCCUAUGUGGGACUCGUCCUUCACUUCACUGCGCAAGGAGAUGGAAAAUGGGUUCGAGCUGCUCAGGACAGGAAAGGCAAUCCACCAGCCCAUGAGGCUACCAGAAAAGGGGGCCACCCUCACUGGUUUGGGUAUCAGAAACAAGGUUAUUCCGGGCCGGCGAACCAACAGCCAACCCAUUGUGCCAUCUGCAACCUCGCCACGUCCGGGCCAUUCUCUGCCCCCACCAGCCGAUCCAGGCCUCAAAACCAAACCCUCUUACAAUUCACUCACUGCAUCAAAGCCUAGAAUUGGAGGUGCACAUUCUCCAGGUCUGAGUCCUGCUCCCGCGUUUGACAGUCCGUGGUCUCGCCGCACAUCGAACGCCUCAUCUGUUGGCACGAACGGACACGACGACUAUUUUGGCCGAUCCCGCGUUGCUUCCGCAGCCUCGUCAGGGAGCCUAACGCCGAACCCAGCGGCGGGAAAGAAGAAGCCGCCACCACCCCCUCCAAAGAAGAUCGGCUCUUUUCACGGGGAGUAUGUUACCGCCAUGUACGACUUCGACGGCUUGAAUGAAGGUGACCUAGCGUUCCGCGAGGGCGAGCGCAUCCGUGUGCUGAAAAAGACAAACAGCUCGCACGACUGGUGGGAGGGUGAGGUGCGGGGUCAAAAGGGUAGCUUCCCUGCCAACUACUGCAAAUGAAAAUUACGACGUGUAUUCUGUGCUUCAAUGGGGAAUGGGAAAGUUGAAAAUAGUCUCCAACUGCUAGGAAGGCGUUUAAAUGACAAGUCUUGUGGGCUUCGUUCCCUCGGUCGACAGAUGUAAACCUUAACCACACUUAUCCGCAGUUUUGAGCCACCUUUGGCAGCAGGAGAGGC